AUGUCCGAGUUCAGAUCGCUACGGCGCGUCAAAUUUCCCAUGAUUAAUAUCGGUGUAUAUCAACGUGCAUCUUAUAUUGGAGAUCUUUUUUUAAUAGAUUUAAGAUUCAGUAAGAUAAUACAUAAUUGGGCACGUUUAUUUUCACACGAAAAAAUUCCAUUUAUUGGAUUACACAUAUCGAAUAUGCCAAAAACGUCUUUCUAUCGAUACAAAAUCACAAGGCCAUUGUACGUGGUAAUAUUGUUCGACGAUCAAUCGGUCGAAGAAUUUUCUAAUGCUUCUAGUAUAUUCAAUAUGUCAUUUCCGGUUUGGUACGUUAUAUUCUUGCCUGGAAAUUAUCGUCAGAAUUAUUGUCACGAAAAGUCAAGAAAUUUGUUCAAUGUUCGUUUCAAUACCGAAAUGUUAGUGACAUGUCCUUACGACAAUAUUACACGAGAAUGGUACUCAUUGAGAGAGAAUCAAACUGAGACGUUAGAUUUGGCUAUAUUGAAAUCUGACGGUACCUUCAAUUUUUUAACGAACUUGUCGUUAAACUACAGAAGAAAGAAUAUGAACGGAUUGUCCCUUAAGACCGUUGUUGUCGAGGAUAGUCCGUAUAUCGAAGUAGAGAAAAAUGGAACCUUAAGCGGAUUAUUCGGAGAUGUAUUAAGCGAGCUCAGUGAAACGGCAAAUUUUACUUUGAAUAUCGUUAAAUUCGUUAAGGAGUAUGGUAGAUGGGACGAAAAAAAAAAAAUUUGGACUGGUGCAGUCGGUGAGAUAGCGUCUGGACGUGCCGAUAUAUCAAUUUCAGAAUUCUCAUUGACAAAUAGCAGGCUCAAUGUAGUUGAUUAUAUUGCACCGAUCAUAAUUAGUCCCUUGCAUUUUUAUAUUAAGGAUCCAUUACUUUAUGGUACCAAAUGGACCGGUCAUUUUAAAGUAUUCGAUUUGAAGAUUUGGAUAUUUAUUAUUGUAAUAAUAUCGACAGCACCGUCACUCGUGAGUAUUUUAAAAAUGACCGAGAAUCCAAAACGAGGAACGCAUCAGGUCAUUUCAAUGAUUUUAGAAAAUUAUCUUCAAUUUUGGGGUAUCUUUUGUCAACAGGGUCUCGCUGCAUUCCCUUAUCGACUUUCAUUAAGAUUGGCAUACUUUUCGACCUUCCUUUCUGCCUUUAUCGUGUUCGCUGCUUAUUCCGGAACAUUGGUAUCAUUUUUAACGAAUAGCGUUCGUAUUUUACCAUUCCGAUCACUCGAAGAACUCGUCAAUGAUGGUACUUAUCAGGUCAUCGUUUAUAAAGGUGGAGCCGAUUACGAUAUGUUUGCCUAUGGCAAUGAUUCAUUAUCAAAAAGGAUUAUGAAGAUUAUGAGAAAGGAAGAGAAAUUACCGAACACAGCUUUGGAAGGGAUUUCACAGGUUUGCAACGAACGUAGAGUCACAUUUUUGACAAGCGUCGAAGUACAAUUAUCAUUUCACAAUCAUUCUUUAUGCAACAUAGUCAGUAUAAAUAGCGGACAAAUAAUUACACUGGCAAUGAUAUUGACGAAAAACAAUCCAUUUACCGACUUGAUAAAUCAUCAUAUGAAUCAGCUUUUUUACAAUGGUGUCAUCAAUCGUCUCAAAACUAAAAACAUGAAGAUGAUGAAGUACGACGGGUCAACGUACAAGAGCAUUUCCUUUCGAUCUAUUUAUCCUAUUAUUGAUCUUUUGAAGAUCGGUCUUGCGAUAAGUAUUUGUAUAUUAAUUAUAGAGUUAUUGUUUCAAAAGGUAUAUUUUUCUUUUUACGAAAAAAAACACAUUCGUAUUGAGAAAAGGAUCGAUGAAAAUUUAAGAAGAUUUAAUCGAUUGAAUUAUCGCAAAGAUAAUUUUAUUUCGUGAUUACGUUGGAAAGACAAUUUAC